UCAAAGGCAGUAUAACUUUAAAUCUUCCCCAGGAUGUGUGGUGCUGGAGCAAUUCUCAUUCCUCGGUUAGACAUUGUGAUUUCCUUUGUUGGAGCUGUGAGCAGCAGCACAUUGGCCCUGAUCCUACCACCUCUGGUUGAAGUUCUUAUAUUUUCAAAGGAGCAUUACAACAUAUGGAUGGUCCUGAAAAAUACUUCUAUAGCAUUCACUGGAGUUGUUGGCUUCUUGCUAGAUACUUUGAUUCUGCCGGCGUUGCUUUUGUUCUGAAGCCUGGAGAAGUGAGAGCAGUUACACUGUCAAAUUCCGUAUCUGCCAUCGUUUGAUCCAUC